AUGACCGUCUACCAAGCCACCGCGUCCGCACCCGUCAACAUUGCCUGCAUAAAGUACUGGGGCAAGCGGGAUACCAAACUCAUUCUCCCCACCAACUCCUCGCUCUCUGUGACGCUUGAUCAGGACCACCUGCGCUCUACGACUACUUCUCGCGCGGAUCCCUCUUUCCAGCAGGACAGGCUCUGGUUGAACGGUACGGAGGAUGAGAUCAAGGAGGGCGGGCGACUCGCGACGUGCAUUCGGGAGAUGAAGGCACUCCGAAAACAGCUGGAGGACAAGGAUUCGUCUCUUCCUAAGAUCUCCGACUACCACGUCCACAUCUCCUCCCGCAACAACUUCCCCACCGCCGCGGGCCUUGCCUCCUCCGCGUCAGGUUUCGCAGCCCUCGUCGCGUCCCUCGCCGCCCUUUACCAGCUCCCCACCUCCCGCUCGGACCUCUCCCGCAUCGCCCGCCAGGGCUCCGGCUCGGCGUGCCGGUCCCUCUUCGGCGGAUUUGUCGCCUGGCAGAAGGGCGAGCGCGCUGACGGCUCCGACUCCCUCGCGGUCGAGGUCGCCCCGCGCGAGCACUGGCCUGACAUUCACGCUCUCAUUUGCGUCGUCAACGACGAGAAGAAGGGCACGUCUUCCACCUCCGGCAUGCAGCGCACCGUGGAGACCUCGCCCCUUUUGCAGCACCGCAUCAAGCACGUCGUGCCCGAGCGCAUGACCGCGAUCUCGAAGGCGAUCCUCGCGCGCGACUUCGAUACGUUUGCGCGGAUCACGAUGCAGGACUCUAACCAGUUCCACGCCGUCGCGCUCGACACGGAGCCCCCCAUCUUCUACAUGAACGACGUGUCCCGGGCGAUCAUCGCGCUGAUCGUCGAGUACAACCGCGUCGCGGUCGAAAAGGGCGGGAAGCUCAAGGCGGCGUACACGUACGACGCGGGCCCGAACGCGGUCAUUUACGCCCCCAAGGAGAACAUCAAGGAGAUCGUGGAGCUCAUCGUAAAGUACUUCCCGCAGGCGGAAAACUUCAAGGAUCCGUUCGGGCUCUUUGGCGCGGCUGGGGUGCAGGGCAAGGUCGUGGAGGGUUUCAACGAGGCCGUUGCUAAGCCGUUCUCUGUCGGGGCGGUGAAAGGCCUAAUCCAUACGCGUGUCGGUGAUGGCCCGAGGACGCUGGGCCCGGAGGAGGCCCUUCUGGGGCCAGAAGGCCUCCCGAAGUAGGCUCGAGGGGAGAUCUGGCGAUGAUAUAGAAUUUAGCGGGCAACUGUACUAUUAUAGGGGAUACAUUGCUCCCGUGAGAGCUUCUGGCGAUUGGACGUAUGGAUAGGACAACCGCUGAGACCGCCUUGCCUCAUCACUAGGUAACAAUGAGACACGAGGAAACAUGGGGAUCUAUCUUACUU